AUGGGAGAGUUCUCAAAAGCUCUUUCAUUGGUUGGAAAAGCGAUUGAUAUUCGCGAAGAAACUCUUCCUCAGCAUCAUCCUGAUUUGGCUAUUUCGUACAACAGUAUUGGUCUAGUGUAUGGUGAUAUGAGCGAGUACUCGAAGGGCCUUUUAUUUCUUGAAAAGGGACUUGAUUUACGACAGAAAUCACUGCCACCAAAUCACCCGGAUGUUGGAGAAUCGAAAGCAAACAUUGAACGAGUGAAAGAGAAAUUGUAA